CUUCACGGUCUCAGAGCAAGUGACGUCACCGAUUGAAACGCUAUUAGCGCGCACCACCGCUAACUAGCUAGCCAUUUCACAUCGGUUACACUUAGUGAUGUGAUAUUUGACUAACGGUAUGUAAAAAUGGAUGUACUUACUUUGAUAGGUUCACACCUUUGCCCACGAAGCAGCCAAUCUUUUGGAGACGGUUUUGCUCAAAACGCUGUGUUUGCGCCAGCCGUAAAUAAAGCCCUGAACGUGUAGCUAAUUUAAUAAAACAGUACCGCAUUUCAAAGAACAGCGCGCUGCCAUCGUACCCGUUUCAUUUAACCACACCCUUUGAGCUAUGACCCACGCCAAUAAGAUCCUUUCUCUUCAAUGUAAACGGAAGUGAACAGUGACGGAGUACAAGUUCCACUUCAGCGUUUUUAUUUUUGUUAUUUAGACAUUCAUCAACACCAUGUAACUCAAAAUAUUACUAAUUUAACUGCACGGCAUAACAUACUUACCCCCAGGUGGUGUUUAAUUCACGUUGGAGACAGGACUUAACAAAUAUUAUCUAAUUAACGCUAGCAAGGAGCUAACAAUGGCUAACUGUAUGGUUUAUCACACUCAAAUAGCCUCCAUCAUGGAGGUGCUAGCGAAUGCAGCCGUGGCGGAGAUCUGUAAACUCGUAGACGACGACUAUGCAGUGAUCCGUUUGGAAAUGUCUCAAAGCCAGAAAGAAAACAGGACAAUGCGGAGGAAACUACAGCUACUGGAACUGAAGAUGGCACGGGAGCGCGCAGAGCGCGUCCUCGCCAGUCGUCCCAGUAGUGUCAAGAUCCUCGACCGAUACAGAGGAAUGGCAAAAGGUGAAGAACAUCUCACUGGAGGCCACAGGGGCUUGGUGAAGCCAGCGGGACACAAUACAUGGAGAGAUGACCAACCAAUCACUGUUGAUGAGGGGAGUGGAACCUCAACCUCAACCCAGCACAUUAUUGUGAUAGAGUCUGCAGAUGCAGAGGCUGUAGGUCCUGGGGUCAAGCAGGAGAGGUCCGAAGGAAAGGAGCUACAACACAGCAGAGACAUGACUGGAGCAGCGGCUGGAGUAGCAUCCCCUGUAGCCACAGAGGACUCUACCACCGCCCCAGCGCAGCCCAGGACGCGACGCAGCAUCACGGAGGAGGAGGAGGGUCCAGAGGUGCUGCUGGUGAAGGAGGAGGGGUGUGAGGAGGGUCUGGGGAACCCCGAGGGGACCAUGGUCAUGGAGGACAACCGGACUACACCUCCUCCUGAACCCACAGAGGAGCCAGCUGAGCAGUACAGGACCACACACAGUCUCACUGAGUCAGUAGACAUGGAGGAUGGGAAGCCUGAUCUGCUGCUGGUCAAAGAGGAGACCAUAGAAGAUGGACCAGAGAGCAUUAACCUGCUGAGUGGACUAAAGAUGGGGGAGCAAGGUGGUUGGCUGGAAGCUAACAGAGGAGACUGGGUGACCAUCUUGGAUUCCCAGACCCAGACUGGUGCAGCCAAGGGCCCGGGGAAUGACAUCACUGAGCAGGCCAGGACCAGAGGAGACCUAGUGGAGUCUGCAGUCCAUGAAGACCUGCUGAUAUCCGGUGUUGCUGAGGGGAGAGACUGGACCUCUGAAGCACCUGGUCACAAACCCUGGCCACGGAUUAGAACCCUGGAUCAGGAGCCGUUUCUCUUCCUUCCCAAGUCAGGACCAGGACCGAACCACGAAGGACCGAGACUCCACCACCACACCGAACACAACCAGUGGACAGGUGGACUGAACAACCUCAGUCCUGGUGGUCAUCAGAGAGACAGAGGCUCCAGUCAGGAUUCCAGUCUGCAGCCCAGACCCUUCUCUUCACAGUCUCAGUGCAGGAAUGAAGCAGGGCCUGAGGCUGAUAGAGAUAGACCCUCCUGUUCCUAUGAUACAAACACCACAGUAUCCAUGAUGAACAGAGCAGGUCACCCUGGGCUUCAGCCUUCACAGAGAGUGGUGGGAGACCCCCCUGGUGGUAGUCUAUCAGCAAGUGUGUCUUCUCCUUCAGGGUCUUGUCUAAUGCCUGGUGACUGGGUUCAUAGAAAGCCUGGACCUGGGUCUAGCCUUCCUCAGUUACCUCAUGGUUACCCCACCAAUACAGACAGGGUCAGAAUGGGUGUUCAUCACAAGAGGUACCUAGCCUAUAACACAGCACACAAUCCCAACAACACCCAAACAAUGGCUAGAGGUCAUGGUAGGAGCUCAAAGACCAACCACCUGGGGGUGGUGGCUCCUGCUUCUACCUCCUCUGGUGUCACUGAGUCACAAUGUGGUAGGCCGAGUGUUAGGACAGACGCUGACAAGCCGUAUGCCUGUCCCACGUGUGGGAAGCGUUUUGCUAAGGUGAACUAUGUGAAGCAGCACCAGACUGUUCACACCAAGGAGAGGCCCUUCAUGUGUAAGCUGUGUUACAAGAGGUUUUCCUUCCUUAGUAACCUCAUCAGACAUAGGAGUGUCCACAAUGGGGAGAAAUCAUAGCAGUGUGGCUUGAGAUGUAGGCUAUAUAGGGGAUGUCUGGGACCUAUUCUUUAGCUGAAAUAUUCCAGUUAUCAUGUGAAGUGUCCUGGGUACGCUCACACGAUACAUACUUGUUUGGUGUGUUGACAUAGUAAAUAACACUGUAAUUGAAGUGUAACACUAUCAGUUCGUAAGUAAACUCACUCUGGCUAUCUACUCCGAUUUAAUGACUGGUGUCAGUAAACACUUAAAAAAACGUCAUUAAAUUGUUGCCAGCAGCACAGUUACAGUCACCAACGCUCCAGAUAACAUGAAAACAGCCUAAUCAGCUCUGCUAUUGCAAAUAAAAUGGUCAGAGUGAGGUGUUCUCUUAUUUGUUUCUGGAAGUAGCUAGCAAGCUAGCCAACUUCAGCCAGUUAGCAUGGGUGCUUGACUGCCGUUGUGAAGUCAGACGCACGGAUCAACGUGUCCCAGUGUGCGAGCAGAAUUGAGGGACGGACAAUUUGCCAAUGCUCUGAGUUUACGUACGAACACGCCCUAUAUUCACCCUCUGAAUUUAGUUUUGCCUAAAUUCUAUUCAUAACAAAUAUAAUGUCCCUCGUUUUUAUAACACGCCUAGUCUGUGUACCAGUCUUUUUAGCUAACUUUCCACUCCAUGUCAUUGCCAAAGAGACUGGCCUUUCUGACGUUUCAACAAAUCAGGAUCAACUCCUCUGUUAUUAACCUCCAGAUCAUUGUAGAGUUUUCAUAUUUGAAAAUGGCAGGAGAUUGGCCUUUCUGCAAUCUCAACGUUCAAUAAUAUGCAGCUGGAUUUACAGCGGAGUUGCUCAUUGGUUGUUGGAAAUAACAUUCAUAUUUCCCACGACAUGUGGAGCCUCAAAUAGAAAUAUAACGUCAAAAUCUAAAAUGUUGCUGUUCGCUAUGCAAUAGGCUUUGUGGCUGGAAUUACAGUAUGUAUUUAGUUUGAGAGUUUAGAUUUGAGCUAACAAUUUAUCAGACUGGUUACUUCUGGACAAACAAAGAACGAUUGCUUAGCAACCGGAUACCAGCGAGUUAUGUGGGGGUAAAAAGCGACAGUUCCAAUAUUUAGAUAAUAUUUGUGAUUGGAGGAAAGCUGUGAGGGUUAUCUAAUCAGGAUCCACUCAUCUGUUAACCUCCAGCUCAUGAUAGAAUGUUCAUUUUUGAAAAUGGCAGGAGUGGAAUGUUAGUUAAAGAGACUGGUACUCAGGCUAUAACACCCCCGCCCAAAACAUUAUUUGAUAUAGUCAGGUGGUACCUGUUCCUUUAUGUGCUAUAGUUAGGUGAUCAAAUCUGUUAAUAAAUGAGAAUUCAUGUUGUCCUUUUGAUGUGUUGAUUUUGAUUUGCUUGUUUAUAAUUUAGAAUUAAAAUGGCCUAAGUCUCCUUGGGUUCCUUCUAACCUCUAGGUUUCUGUCCUUGCCACAGAUGGUGUUUGAAUGUUAAAUGACGAGACAGAGGCAUUGAUGCGAGUAACCAGUCUUGUUCAGUACAUCACAACCCAUCCGAGUAUCUCAAGCACCCCGGUAAAACACAAGAGUUGCAGUAAUGAACAUUUACCAACAGAUGGCAUCACUGUGCCAUCUUACACCCAUAACAGAUGGGUUCUAGCCAGUCUUUCGUUUUUGGGUCAAUUACUGACUGCGCUGAGCUUGGAAAGGGUUUCCACUAUAUUCCACAGCCACAAAGUAAAGAUUGCCUAUAUCUUGGAAGUUCAUGAAAACAAAAAUGUACUUUUUGGUCUUUAAGGUUAGAGUUAGGCAUAAGGUUAGCGGUGUGGUUGCCUCUUUUAUAACCCAAGAGUGAAAUACUUAUGCACUUGUCUCUAACAUGUAGGCUCAGCAUUCCUGAACAGUCCCAUUGCAAGGCGGAAUGUUGUACAGACUUCAUUUCAAUUUACUUUACCUGUUUGUCCGCUGAGUUUGUCCAUAUGUCGGAGGUAAUCUGAUUCAAAAUAUCCACAGGGAAGUAUUAGUAUUGGAGCGACCCGCACAGACAGCUGUGUGUUAUGUGUUAGGCUAGUAGGUGGUUGUGUUGUACUUACCAGUACCCAGUGUUCGCGGAGUCCGACAUGCCAAUCAACCUGCUAUCUGCCCAUCACAGUAAAGCCUGGAAUGUUCUGAUGCCGGGCAUCCUGGCGUUUGGCGGAGUGGCGUGGAGGGGGGUUGGGCAGGGGGAUGGAGCAUUGGAAGUUAAGACCAGGUUUAGCCUUUGUUCUCUCUCUUACGUCUGGGCUUCACAAGAGAAGGUCACGAUUGGCUUGUGGGUUAUCUUUAAUUUAUUUGGCGUGGGCUACGGCCAAACAGUAGCCUGUGUAAAGUUGGUUUAAUAAACCGUCAAUUCGUAAACUCAA